AUGGAUAUCAAUAAUUAUGUAUUUAUUAACAGAAAGGUUUUAAAAUUUGUUGGCCUUUAUCCAACGAAUAUCGUGAGAUAUAUCAUAUGUUUUACGUGUAUGAUUACUAUUGUUAUACCGCAAGGACUGCAAAUUUAUCAAAAUUGGCAAGAUCUGUCUACUGUAUUGGAAACGAGUUCAGUAUUGCUCACUAUUUUACUUGCUAUAUUAAAAUCGUUAGUUUGGAUAAGCAAUAGAAGAAAAAUGGAUCCUUUUAUCAAAUAUAUGUUAACCGAUUAUUGGAAUAUAUUGACAACAUAUAUUUCGAAGAAACACACAGAUGUAUAUGCAAUAUACGUGAAGAAAGGAUAUUUAUAUACUAAAGGAUAUUUAUUUUUAAUUUGUAAUUCUUUAAUGUUUUUCUUUAGUCUACCUAUAAUUGAAAUAGUUAUUGCUGUGAUUAAAGGCACUAACAAUAAUACUAUAAAGCAUUUUCCGUUUUUAGCUUUGUAUCCAGAAUAUUAUUAUAAUUUUCCGAUGUAUGAGGUAAGAUCCUUAUUUCCAGGGGCUCGUCAAAAUUGUGAUUGUAAUAUUCGUAUAUAUUCUCAUUUACGUAGAUUACUUAUUUCUCACAAAUGAUAGCAACAAGCUUAUGUGGCCUUAUUAUCCUGGGAACUGAUACUUUAAUUGCAACAGCGUUGUUUCACACAUGUGGCCAUUUCAAAGUACUUAAAAAAAAAAUUAAAAAUAUUAGUACUUUGCAAAUUGAUUUCAUACAACAUACAUAUCUCGAAG